AUGAUGCCGACCCUCACCUCACACCUACCAGUACCACGGCCCUCCUACACCCAGGCCAGGGAGAACCUGGUAAAGGCAAUCCCACCCAAGCUCCUCUGUCUGCUGGCCUGUGGAGGAAUAGACUGUCGCUAUGAAGGACCAGAGUGCUGGAAAUUAAAUCAACAGGUCAUUCGAGGCAUUUUCUCCUCCUGGGUGACCGAUGACAUUAUUGCCAUGGCACGCCCAUCCAAUCGUCUAAUUGAGAAGUACAACAUCAUAGAACAAUUUCGAAGGUUGAAUGUCAGAUCAAUCAUCAACAUGCAGCUUCCAGGAGAGCAUGCUCACUGUGGACCGCCCCUAGACCCUGAAAGUGGUUUCACAUACUCUCCACAGAUCUUCAUGGAAAAUGACAUUUACUUUUACAACUUUGGGAUGCCAGACUUUGGUGUGUCCUCUCUCGUCGGUAUAAUUGAUGGAGUGAAGGUUUUGGCCUUUGCAGUGAGGGAAGGAAGAGUUGCUGUGCACUGCCAUGCAGGCCUGGGCAGAACAGGUGUCCUGAUAGCCUGUUACUUGGUCUACACCCUGCGCAUCAGUCCGAGUGAGGCUGUCCACUAUGUGCGGAUUAAACGGCCUCGCUCUAUCCAAACCCGGACACAGAUCAGCCAGGUGUUUGACUUUGCUCGCCUGCUUUGUACACAGCUGGUCCAAUACCCAGACCUCAGCCUGCGGCAUGGAGCCCCUUUCACCCUGCAGCACUACAUAAACCGACAGGCACUACUGCUGCAUGGCCAGGAGGCACGCACCCUCCGACACACACCCAAGGUGGUGUACCUCCUGUGUGUGCACCUCUCCUGCUUAGCCCUGGGUGUCCCUGCUCCUCCAGAGGUCCAGGCUGAGCUGGAGAAGAGGUCAGCACUGAAGACCUUGGGUAGGACUGUAAGGGAGACCCUGGUGGCCAAACAGUACCUGCCCCUAUUGAGGGAGGGUCAUAAAGGCUCGUGGGUGGGCUCUGGGUCAGUAUCCUCUUGGGACGAGCCACUGGGAUUCUUGGAGAGGAAGAGAGAAGUGCUGCUGGACAAACGCAGCUACAGCGACUCUGACCUCAGCAAGAUCGCAGAUCUGGAGUUCAGUCCAUACAGCACCUCAGCACUUGGCAAUGAGAGACACUGGUCUAUGCAGGAUCUAAUACGACCUGAUCUGAGACCAGUUAGUCCGAUCCACACACCACUUUCACCAGGCCACCAGAUCACAGAAAAGGAAUCUCACAUACUCAACUUCCCAAUAUCUAGCAAUAACUGUGCUAAGAGGUCUAAGUGCACAGCUAAAAAGGCACUUCCCAAAUACAGCUCCAACAUUGAGUUGUGCAGAAAUCCACAGAAUCCAGGUCCAACCACAGUUGCCCGUGCUGUUGCGAAGGCAAUGGCAGACCAAGGUCCUCCAGGAGAAACCAUUUUGCAAAGAUCCACUUUGCUGCAGGAGGAACUGAACAGUAGCGACUGUGGCUGGGCUCUGCUGGUCACAGAGUCAGAUCCUCAUGUUCUCAGUUGUCUGUUGUGGACCUGGCUGGACAAGUUAAGGGAGCCUGUUUUGAGUGCAGAGGAUGUGAACAAGUUGAUUAGUGGAGCAAACAGGAAGCCUCUCAGUGUGCUCAAGAAGCCACAGAGACACACCAUCUAUUGUCUACUGAGCUGUGUGAGCACGGUGACCAGCCUGUGUCCACACAGAGAAGAGGCAGUGCUGCAACGACUGAUGCGGACACUUACAAGGCGCCCCCAAGAGGAAAUGGGAAGCCUUGCAGCUUUGAUGAAGGUCCUGAAGGCGAGUUUGAGAGAAACCUUCCACAACUACAGAUACCUCACGAGGUCCUGCAGCACCAAUGCUACACUUUGA